AUGGCUAACUGGAAUCACUGUCCAGCUGAAGUCAAAAAAAUGAUCAUCGACGAGUUUGCGAGCCUUUACCCUGAGCAACUCAUCCACGUUCGUGAGGCGAACAGAGAGAUCAGGUCCCUUGCCAAUCCUCAUUUCGGAUCGUUCUGCUUCGAUGAUGAAUACGUCCUUUUCAACUCGGAAUCGGCAGUCAAAAAGUUCAAAGCAAUGACCAGCAGCCCUGCUAUUGGCCCCUUGAUCAAGAAAGUCGUUCUGAGCGCUAUUCGCGUUCAACCCGACGGUUGCAACAGGUGGAUCCAACGUCUUCCAGUCAUCGAAGACCAUGACGUCGAGACUGGUAUUGAUGUCUACAACGACCUCAAAGACGCCUUCAGCAAUGUACAAGCAUACGGAAACUCAAUCACCAUUGGUAUCACUGAUGUGUAUGAUGAUGAAGACGAGAGAUGCUUGGGGUGGCAAGAAAAGCUGGACAGUGGCGAUUUCAGCAGACCCAAUGUUGCUGCAGACGAAGUGGAUGCAUUCGACACCAUCACCGAAACUGCUGAGAGAGCCGGUGUUCACGUCGAGGCUCUCGAAGUCAUGCUGUACCCACGUCCUGGUUGCCCUAACAUUGAGGUGGCCUGGGGUCACUAUGAUUUCCCAAGCAUGAUGGCUCAUUAUCUCCAGAGACACCCGCAGAUCAGCGUCCGCAUCGAAACCCAAAUCGACGCACCUUCCACCAAAGCUAUUAACGUCGUGUAUGAGAAAGAUGAUCAGCGUCUCUCCAUUAAAAGCAGCAUCUUCUCCGCAGUCAUGGAUACCUGGUCGCUGAGAGGCUGGAUGAAGAAAAUCAGUCUCAAGGAACUGCACCUCCAAGAAAUGCAGAUCAAAGCUGAAAACCUCAAGCUCCUGCUGUCCAAAUCGCGCACUCGCACCAUCAACAAGAUCGACCUGGUCAGCUGCAGAUUCAGCUCUGCUCGCAAAUUCAAGGCAGUUCUUCAGUUGCUUUCGACCGUUUCAACGCUCAGAAACUGCACCAUCGCUACUCCUGUGGUUGGAGGUAGUCCCGAUACCUUCAUCGACCUUCUCAUCAACCAAGACGAUAGCUGUAUCAAGUACACGGGUAAUGUUGCCAAGCAGAUCAGAAAGCAACUAGAAUCUUGGGAGUACCUUAGUCAUGGCAUGAACAACCUGAACGGAGGUGAUUCGGAUCCGGAGGAAGAAGUUUCUGAGGAUGAAGAAUCUGAGGUGGAAGAUUGA